GGCGCCGGGCAGAAGUGAAAAUCGGCGGCGGCGGCCGGCCGGCAGUCACUAGUGUGUAUUGGAUAAGAAAGUGGGUCAGUCGGCGCUCCGCGGUUCGGCGCGGCACGGGACGAAUUCGACAGAUUUACCGUGGAUCCCGGCGUGCGAGACUGCGAUCCCAGUGCUACAGUGUGUGCAGGGUCGUUUGCCAGUGCCCAAAGCUCGGAUCGUUGCCCUGGAGACCGAGUGAUCAGCUGAUCGCCGGCAGCCGGGCAGAGUUCUUGUGACCCGUGUAACACCGCUGACACGCCGCACCCCUCCGCGAAGCAGUCUUCGGUCGGGAGGACCACGCACCAGAGUGCGUGUGAGCGGCGCUCGCCGGCUGCAGGAGGUCGCGGCGCGAUGCUGGCGCGGGCUGGCUAAGCCGCCCCCGCCCCCGCCCGCCUCACGCUGGCUACCGUCUCUGUGACGGCGCUUAUCAUGGAGAUGCGACGCGGCGAGUCGCCGCUGGCGGCCAGCCCGCUCUUCAAGCUGGCCGGCUCUCCUCCUGGCUACCUGGGCUCGCCGGGGCUGCUGGCCACCGUGGCCGGCCGGCCGGCCAUCAAGCAGGAGCCGGCGGCCGGCUCGCCCGAGCCGGGGCUGCCGCGGCGGAUGCAUGACGACUGGCUGCCGUCGCCCAGUCAGACCAGCCUGGACACGGGCACGCCGUUCGCAGUGCUGCCCGUCUCCGGCGCCCAGACGGCCCCUCCUGGAGGCGGAGGGUUCUCCGUGUCACCCAUGUCCACGAGCAGCUACGACCCGUACUCGCCGACCGGCAGACCAGGCGAGGGAUCGCGGCAUAUCUCAACCUCCUCAGUGGCAUCAGUCGAAGGUCACGACGACCUAGCGUCACCUUGCAGUAAUGGCCAGUUCGGCGACGACAAGCGGAAGAAGGGCCCGGUACCGCGACAGAAUGAGGAGCUAUGUCUCGUCUGCGGCGACCGUGCCUCCGGCUACCACUACAACGCGCUUACCUGCGAGGGCUGUAAAGGUUUCUUUCGGAGGAGCAUGACGAAAAAUUCAGUGUAUGUAUGCAAAUAUGGCCAAAACUGUGAAAUCGACAUGUACAUGAGGAGAAAAUGUCAAGAAUGUCGGCUCAAGAAAUGUCUAGCUGUCGGCAUGAGGCCAGAAUGUGUGGUACCGGAGUACCAAUGCCAGGUGAAGAGGGAGGCCAAAAAGGCGCAGCGGGAGCGGGACCGGCCCAACUCGACCACCUCGGCGCAGGACGGGCCGGACUCCAAGCGGCAGCGGCUGGGCUCCACCGACCAGACGGUAGCUGUCGCUGGCGCGGCCGGCGGCGGCGGAGGCAGUAUGCCCGCACCCGUCUCCCUUCCCGUACAGCGGCGCGCACUGACCGCCGAACAGAACGAGCUCAUCAACCGGCUGGUGCAGUACCAGGAGGAGUACGAGUCACCCACCAAGGAGGACAUGAGGCGCUCGGCGACGCUGGUCGACACGCCAGGGGAGGACGACUCGGAGCGACACUUCCGACGCAUCACCGAGAUGACAAUCCUGACCAUAAAGCUGAUUGUGGAGUUCAGCAAGUGUCUGACGGGCUUCGACCGGCUGGUCAAGGACGACCAGAUCACCCUGCUCAAGGAAUGCUCCAGCGAGGUCAUGAUGCUCCGCUGCGCUCGUCGGUACGACGAGGAUACCGAAUCAAUCGUGUUCGCCAACAACUACCCCUACACCCGCGAGUCGUACGAGCGCGCCGGCCUCGACUCGGCCACCAUCGACAAAAACUUCCAGUUCUGCAAGAAGAUGUGCAAGAUGAAGGUAGAUAACGCCGAGUACGCCCUGUUGACUGCCAUCGACAUCUUCUCCGACCGGUUCGGUCUGGAGGAGCCGGACAAGGUGGAGCGAAUCCAGUCCAUCUACGUGGAGGCGCUGAGGGCGUACGUGGACUUCCAGCGGCCGCCGCCCACCGGCGUCAUCUUCGCCAAGCUGCUCAGCGUGCUGACCGAGGUCCGCCAGCUCGGCAAGCUCAACACCGAGCUCUGCUGGUCGCUGAAGCUGAAGAAGCGCGUGCUGCCGCCGUUCCUGCACGAGAUCUGGGACGUGCCGGCCUAGCGCGCCGCGCGCCAGUCGCUCUCCCCUCGCCGUGUGUGUGUCUGUGCGUGAGCGUGGUGGGCCGCCGGCCGUGGUGACGUCACCGGACUAAAUACUGAUAGUGUGACGUCACAGGACCUCUGAGGCUGCCGCGCCCGCCGGCUAGUGGGCCCAGUGCUGAAGACACUAAGUGUGUAUGUACCGCUUCACCGAGGCCCGAGCUGUAUUUUUUUCCCAUGACGGCCUCGCUUUUGUAGCUCAUGACCAUUGUUAUUCGUGAAACUUACAUCUCAUUUGUGUACAAACUUGUAUGGUUUGCAUCGCAUACUUGUAUUGACGAAAUGUGUUGCGAGCGCUCCGCUUUUAUUUAUUCUGAUGUUGUCUCCAGCUGUCCAUCUUCCGCUCUUCCAUCCGGUUGUGUGCAAACACUUUUGCAGUGCUAUUUUACGUUGGCAAAGAGGUGUUUGUGCAAUAUUGAAACCAAACCGGCGGUUUUGACUCCAUACCGGCGCGCGCGGUUGCUGUUGUCGAGUUGGCUACUGUGAGGCGGCGGUGCGGACGGGGCUGAUCGCCCCGGCCGGCCGCCCGCUGCUCCAUAACUGGGCUGGCCGGCGCCCGCCGCCGCCGUCCCUACGCGGAAACACUAGGUUGUGACCUGCUCUAGAGUGUGUGCGAGAGAGGCAGUGCGUGUUAGUGAGUAUGUGUGAGUUUGUGAGUCCGAGCCAGCCAGAAGCGGCGCGCCGCCCGCCCGAUCACCGCACUCCGGUCCUCCGCACGCAGCUGCGGCUCUCCUCAAACCGAAAUUAUUUUGUAAUGCUAUAUCAAAUCGACUAUUUUAUGGUAAUCAUGUGAUGUCUACUCAAUGACAAAAUGUGUGGUGACCGAAUCAGACAAAUCACCACAUUCGUAUGAUAAGACUGGGACGAAUCACGGGCUGUUUCACACCACAGCGUAACUGUUCACAUUGGUGGUAUUAUUUUCUGCGCCGAGGCGCCUGGCGCCCCAAUAUUGUUCUAUCCGACCCUUUCAGAGCAGUCGUCGCGUCCCCCCUCCCCCCGGGGACUGACCCCGUGACCCGGGGUCAGUCCGGGCGGGGGAGGGCCGCGGCCCGUGCCCACCGUCGGCUUCUGCCGCGCACAGAGUACAAACUAUCGGACCCGGUCGCCCCCACACCGCGCCUCACACUUCAUCUGUAUAUAGGUGGUCAUAGAGGGUACCUGCUGUUACGUGAGCGAGUCGGAGCGCGAGUCCCUGUGAGCGGCCCACUGUGAGAGGAAGCGAGCGUGUCCGUCAGCUCCCAGAGCCAACACUGCGGCCGACGUGCGUGUGUGUCUGUAUGAACCUUUUUAUAUGGAAGGGAGCGGUUUAGUCCUCUUUAUUUUUGUCCAAUAAACUGCGUUUGUGCGAGGAUGC